UAAUUUUUACUUAUACAACUCAUUGUUGCAGGAGUAGCAGAAGUGGACGUGGAGUGUGCGCUGUUCGCAGCACAAUAGGCUAGCAUGUCUAGCGGUGCAGAUACCGUUAGCACGGCGGGAAGGGUACGUUCGUCACGGAACACUUCGGCCGAGAAUCAAGCCAUCCAAUCCGUCAUUACCAAGGGCGAGAAGCAAUUGGCAGAACGGAGAUCAGAGAGAGCAGAGGCAAGGAGACUGAGAUUACGCAAUCUCGAGGAAGAACGACGGGCGGAAGAUAAAGAUGAAGAGUUGAACAGCGGAACGGUGACUCCCUCACGGCGUGCCAUCAGGAAGCAGGAAUCCACAGACCCGAUGUUUUCACCGGACCUUGCUGAUCUAUACACAAAAGACAAGGUCAUAGCCAUUGAGAAGAAAUGGCGGAGUACCAUGGAAACGAACGACGAACUCCUGGAGCAAAAGAUCAAGCUGGUCCAGGAAGUAGACAAGAUGAAGGACAGGAUUGAAGAUGCGAUUGAUGUCCACGCUGAGCUGCUAUGUGAUCGUGAGCACUACAUUGAGGCAGUAAAAGAGAGCCAAGACAGCGCUACUCAUCAACAUGAAGAACUGGAACUACUCUGUGCUCAGCUUGUAGCUCGACAGCAGUACAUGCAGGAGCUUGACAUGGAGUGGCCACCGCAGCACUUACUCAACGGCGAUGAAGGUCACAGCACAGAGGAAGGUGAAAGUACUUGCAAUCAUACCAGCGAAGAGGACACCGAGGUUACCACGGAGGAAGACGAGUACGAGGAACGGCUACUGAGGCGACCCAGUCAGCACGAUAUCAAGGAAAGACAAAAGCAAAUUCUGCUCACACAGAUUGGUCGCUUGAAGCAAGAAGUUCAGACACUUCAGCAGGAGCUCAAGGAAAGGAAAUCCGACACAUCGACGGCUGAUUCAAGCAAUGCUGUUUUAUUGCGAGACACGACGCGGCUGCUCAAUGAUUACAAAGCGAGAGUUGAAUCAACCGAGACUGAUCAAGAGCGCUUGACUAGCCAGGUGGACAUGCUGGAAGCCCAAGUCAAGCGCUUAAAGGGCCUGCAAGAGGAGUCUGAGGCAAUGGAGGACGAACUGAAGCUGGAACGGCGCAAGUUACAACGUGAGAUGCGACAAGCUAAAAACCAAGCCGAAGAACUGGAGGUGGAAAACGAGCGAUUGCAGAAACGAAUCGAGCAGCUAAAACGACGACACCAGCGAGAUUAGUUUUCGCUGACAAACGGCGCGUUACCAAAUGAACAGCUAGCUGAGUGACAACUCUGGUGUGUGUUGUGUGUGCAGGUGUGUGCGUGCAUGUGCACUCGCAGGCGUGUGCGUGUAUGUGCACUCGCAAGCACUUUCGAAUGUGUGUGUGCGUGCGUGUGUGUGUGUGUGUGUGUGUGUGUGUGUGUGUGUGAGAGAGAGAGAGAGAGAGAGAGAGAGAGAGAGAGAGAGAGAGAGAGAGAGAGAGAGAGAGAGAGAGAGAGAGAGAGAGAGAGAGAGAGAGAGAGAGAGAGAGAGAGAGAGAGAGAGAGAGAGAGAGAGAGAGAGAGAGAGAGAGAGAGAGAGAGAGAGAGAGGAGAGGGGAGAGAGAGGAGAGGGGAGAGAGAUAAUGAAACCGACAGAUAGAGCUAUAUUGAUAGUACAUCCACAUGUAGUAGCUGUAAGCUCGCUGGCAGCAUGCUCGCAACUUGCAGCGCAGCUCAAGAAAUGCAGUGCACACCACUGCACCGACUCAUCUAGCCGCACUCUUAGCCCAUGUAUAAGCCUUGAUUCCCGGAUCUGUGUGCAUGCAGCACUGAGAGCUAUUCGAGCAUGCCAGAACACAGCAUGUUGAUGAAUAUGAGCAGCUUGCUUUGCCUUGCCAAUGUCACGCACCAGUCCCACACAUGUGGGUUUUGCCAGAACCGUGCGUGUGCCUGUGCGAGUGCAUGGCACUGGAUGUUCAUGUUGCUCCGUCCUGUUUUUAUGACAAAGACUUUUUUUCUUUUCUAAGCACCGUGAACUCUUUUGCUGCCACCUGCACCCUCCUAUCUAGUCUCAGCUCUCGCCUAUACUCAUUUCACUGUACAUUGACAAUGAACAGAUAGGUUAGUAGGUACAUUUCUACUUUGUUUGGUCUUUUCACUUCGUAUUCCCAGCCAAUGGACCAUGGGCAAGCAAGUGCUCAGGCUAGGCUAGCACGUUUUGCAUCCUUGUUUUGGCGACGCGUGCGUGUGUUCGUGCGUGUGUAUGUGUGUGCGUGCGUGUACAUGCACACAGUUGCCUUCCUUCUGGCCUAUACCAUAUUUGCAACACACUUUUUAACUCGCCUGCAUUACUGCCCCCUCGAGGUCCUCCGAUCUCAUGGGCUUUUUUUAAAUUUUUUAAUGGAUUCUCCCUGCUGAUGGCUCAUGAGGGACCAUCUGUUGAGGAUGGACAAUGUUCAUAGAACAGAUAUCAUCAAGAGUGGUUCCACAAUA